AUCAAUCUCUUUUUUCGUGAAAUAAAGGUGUGUGCCAUGAUUGGAUGGACGGUUAUGGAAAUGAAAAUCCAGGAGAUCGAAGAGAAUGGAAUAAGGAACAGGUGGAGUUGAAGUUGGAGUUGAGUAUUAUAUAUAGGGAGGGAAUGUCGAGCCCUAUUGUUUUUCUGAUUUUGCGGCACUCGUUUCAUUUCUCUCAUUCGUAUUUCGGUUUUUCAUUUGCUUCGUGAAGAAAAGGCGGAAGAGUUCGUUAUACACAAACAACACAACACCACCAACCCAAAACAGGGGCGGUUAAUCGGUUGCUUCCACCUUCGUCGUCGUCGUCGUCGUCGUUAUCAACCCGGUGACGGUGACGGAAAAGGGAUCUCAAUCUCAUUCUCAUUUCACUCCAUCUCUGUUUUGUUUUGAUCGAAAGGUGACCAAGUUUUUCAGCUAGAGAGAAAAAAAAAAUGGCGUACAGGAGAAGGCAGGGGAUGACAAGAGCCUCUACUUUCAAAGAAGAGGUUGUUCAUCGCCCACCGGACGAUAUCAAUCCAUCUGCUUCCCCUCUGCAAUCUUCCAAUUCAUUUUCGGCUUCUUCGUCUCUUGCUGCUCAGGCCAUACGUGCCUCUGCUCUAUCAAAUGAAAGAAAUCGAACCAAGGACUUUGCAGCGUAUGAAGAUUCGUCAGCAAAAUCCGGGUUUUGGGGUGUUCUGGCUCGAAAAGCCAAGGCCAUUCUUGAAGAGGAGGAUGCUGAAUUUCAGCAAAAUGAUGUGUCUGGCGGGAUCAGAUCAUCACAGCUCAACACUACCUCCAGUGGCCCCAACCAGUUUCAACAACAAUAUCAGUCAUCUGAUAACACAAUGGAACAUCCUGCAUUCCGCAAGGGCUUGGAUAGAAUCACGACUUCCCUUAAUCAUCUUGGUGACACAUUUGAGAAGGCUUUUGAGGAAGGUCGUACGAUUGUGGAGAAUAAAACUGCCGACAUCAGACAUCAAAUUCAACGAAGAGGAGACCACCCUGAGGGACAAAAUCAGGCUUCUUAUUAUGGCAACAAACAAACUAGGAGUCCUGAUACUCAAAUCAAGGCAUCUCGCGACGUUGCAAUGGCAACGGCUGCCAAAGCAAAAUUACUUCUUCGGGAGCUGAAAACUGUUAAAGCCGAUCUGGCUUUUGCCAAGGAAAGAUGUUCUCAACUAGAAGAAGAAAAUAAACGCCUUCGCGACAGUCGUGAGAAGGGAGUAAACCGAGCGGAUGAUGACUUGAUUCGCCAUCAAUUGGAGACUCUUUUGGCUGAGAAGGGUCGAUUAGCCAGUGAGAAUUCAGUUUAUGCACGAGAGAACCGUUUCCUGAGGGAAGUUGUAGAAUACCAUCAACUCACAAUGCAAGAUGUUGUGUAUUUAUCUGACGAAGAAACAGAAGUUUACCCCCUAUGUUCCCUUUCUCCGCGCUCAUCACCACCUCCAUCCCCGCCACCAGAGGACCUUUCAUCUAGGAUCACACCAGUUACCAAGGAAAUACUUUCUGCCCACAUUAACCCCCAAGCGAGUAAUGAUGCUUCUCGAAAUGAGGUCACACCAAGUUCAGAUAUCUCACCUUCUGUAGCAGAGGAAGGUAAAACAGAUUCCGUAGCAGAAGAAAGUAAAACAGAUUCUGUAGCAGAAGACAGUAAAACAGAUUCUGUAGCAGAAGACAGUAAAACAGAUUCUGUAGCAGAAGACACUAAAAGACCCCCUGCAUCUUCUGCCUAAAGAUUAGUGUAGCAUUUGUUCUUUUUCUUUUGUUCUUCCUUUUUUCUCUUGGAGAGAGGAAGAGGAGGAGGGUGGAAGAGAGAUAUUAAUUCUCCCACUGCCUGCAAUACUAUUAAUCUGUGCAUGUAAUACUUUGUUUGAGGUUGGAUUGUCUCCAGUGUCCUGUGUGCCUCAGUCAAAAAUGUGUCCAUGUCUUCCUUGUACAACCAGUUCGUGAUUUUUUUGUUCUCGAGUUUCAGAAUUCUUAUUUGAUUGUAGUUGUUUGAAAUAAUGUGACUCUUAUUCUUUUAGUAAUUGGUACAAUACAAAAUUCUUGUUCUCCUA